UAGAAUCAAUCAAUCAAGCCAGACUUGGAGAGCGCAGAGAUGAAAUUGAGGGAAUCUCAGAAGAAAAAGGCUGAAUUAGCAGUGGUGGUAGCCAAGCAGACAUCAGCGAUCCCGAAUUGCAACACAUCUCAUCCACUCGGGCUCAAUUAGAACGAUCAUCUGCUGCUACCCACGCGAAGCCCAGUCAACUGAAAGAGGUGAUGCUUGGCUUGGCAGUUCGAAGCACCCAAGCCUCCGAACGAGUCGAGAAGACGCUGAGAAUCUACAAGAACAAAGCCGUCAAACCGGGCUUGAUCCCGUGUGCGCCAGAGCCAUUCGAGCAUCUCGACUUCAUCCAAACUGUCAACAGCGGUGCAGCCGAUGUCGUCGACAUGUUUCCCGAUACACUUAUCGAUAUCAAGCCGGCACUUAUCCAGCUCAAGAAGAACGCGAUCGACCAUCGCGUGGGAUUGACUGAUCAAGUCCUCUUGGUUGAAGAUAAACUCGCUACUCUCACCGAAACUCUCCAAGAAAAAAGGGAGCAUAUGCAGAUCUUGGAAACCUCAGUCCAACAGUUACUCGAAGAUCAUAAAAAGUCGAUUAUAUAACAGGGUUGCAACUGAACAUCAUGUUCGUUUUAUCUCAUCUUUCGAUAGAAAUUUG